AUGGAUCUGCUGCCAGCACAGGAGGCUGCCAAAAUCUACCACACCAACUAUGUGAGAAACUCCCGAGCCAUUGGCGUGAUGUGGGCCGUGUUCACCAUCUGCUUCGUUAUCAUCACCAUGGUGGUCUUCAUCCAGCCUUACUGGAUCGGAGACAGUGUCAACACCCCACAGGCCGGAUACUUCGGCCUCUUCCACUACUGCAUCGGCAACGCGCUCACCUCCGAGCUCACCUGUAAGGGCAGCGUGCUGGACUUCGGCUCCAUCCCAUCCCCAGCCUUCAGGACCGCGAUGUUCUUCGUUGGGACCUCCAUGCUGCUGAUUGUGGGCACCAUGGUCUGCUUCAGCUUGUUCUAUUUCUGCAAUGCUGGGAAUGUCUAUAAGAUCUGUGCAUGGAUGCAGCUGGCUUCAGCUGCUCUGAUGGUGAUGGGCUGCAUGAUCUAUCCAGACGGCUGGGACGCUCCUGAGGUGAAGAGGAUGUGUGGCCAGAGGACCGAUAAAUACACCCUGGGGAACUGCACGGUCCGCUGGGCCUACAUCUUGGCCAUCAUUAGUAUCCUGGACGCACUCCUCUUGGCACUUCUGUCCUUCACCCUCGGCAACCGGCAGGACAAACUCCUGCCUGAUGACUUCGAAGUAGAGGGAGCAGCUGCCUUGGGAGUCCCACAGGCCAACAAGGCCCGAUAA